UUCCCACCCCCUGUUUUAGAUUUCCCACCCCAUUUAAAAGUGGGGAAAAACCAAUAUUGUCCCUCCGUGUUUUAGUCCGAAACUUCAACCUUCGGAUCAGUACGAAACUUCAUCCUUCGGAUUAGUAUGAAACUUCAACUUCUGGACACCUCUGACAGAUUCUACCACCUUUUUCAGCACCAUUACUCCAUAGCUUCACCUACCUCACCACCAUUAUGACCUGCAUAAACUCCUCAACCACCCAACCACCCCCCAUUUAUGGCUGAACACACUGUUUGGAUGGGUCCUCGUGUUAUUACCAACUUUGAUUUAACAGACAUAACAGAAGAUUGAUAAUAUGAUUCAUGUUUGUAAUGUUGUAACCAUGUCUGUAACCAUGUCUGUAACCAUAUUAUUAGCAAGAAUAUUUUCUUUCAGUAUUGUAACGAGGUCUGUUUGUCCCAUAUUAUUGUCACUGCAUUUUCACGUUUCUGUCUUUGUGACAGUAUCUGGUUUGAAAGAUCCGAAUCUUGAAGUUUCAUAUUAAUCCGGUUUUUCAACUCUCGGACGUCUAAAAAAGGGGGUGGUAAAUUUAAUUAUGAAGCAGUCCGAAACUUAUAGUCCUGGAUUGAUCCGAAACUUAAAGUCCUGGAUUGAUCCGAAACUUAAAGUCCUGGAUAGAUUCGAAACUUAAAGUCCUGGAUAACUCUUACCAAGCAGCAGAAUGCAGUAAGUUAAAACCAAACCAAAAGGCAUAUUCAUCAAUUACAAUCUCAACCACCACCACAAUUACAAACCAAACAUUUCAACCCAACAAUUCGUGAGGCAAGUCCUCCAAGACGACCACGACACCGAUCAUGUUAUUUUAACUGUAACUAAAGAAUCCGAACUUUUAACUCUCGGACUAGUCCAGAACAUCAACCUCUGGACUGGUAUGGAGGUUUAAGUCCCGGAGGGUAGUCCCGACAUUUUUUUAAAAAGGCUAGGGUGGCAAUUCUAAAACAGGGGGUGGGAAAUCUAAUUCCCGAAACGAUGUCGUCCUGCACUUCUCCCACUCUCUCUCAUCACCUCUCUGCCAUUCCUCCGGCGACCUCUUCCCGUCGCCGGAGACUCACCGGACGCCACACCACCCGCCCCAGCCUGAGAAUGUCACUCAACAACGACGGCAACAACCAGAACGUUAACUCUUCUUCCGUGGUGAGUUCGAUCACCAAACUUCUCUGGGGGCAGUCGCUGCCACCGGGACUCCUCGUCGCCACCGUGCGCACCGCCUGGAACACCACAUGGAAGCUCAUGAUGUCCCAGCUAGCUCCCUCUGACCCUUCCGGUGGUUACUCCAGGCCCGCUUCCAGAUUCCGAUUCUCCGGCCCUCCGCCGCGCGGCAAACUCCACCUCUACGUCGGCCUGCCGUGCCCGUGGGCCCACCGCACCCUCAUAGUGCGCGCGCUGAAGGGUCUAGAAGACGCCGUGCCGGUCUCCGUUGCGUCGCCGGGUCAGGACGGGUCGUGGGAGUUCAAACGAGCAAACGGGUCAGACACGGGUCGGGUCAUUAGCCCGAGUUUGGACAGGGCGAAUGGAUGCAAGACAUUGAAGGAAGUUUACAAGCUUCGAAGAGAUGGGUAUGAUGGAAGAUCCACAGUGCCAAUGUUGUGGGAUAGCGAUUCAAAAGACGUUGUCUGCAACGAGAGCUAUGACAUAAUCGAGUUUUUCAAUUCCGGGUUAAACGGGUUGGCCCGGAACCCGGGUUUGAAUCUCUCACCCCCUGAAUUGAAAGAUAAGAUUGAUGAAUGGUAUAGAGUGAUCUAUCCAAAUGUGAAUAAUGGGGUUUACAGGUGUGGCUUUGCUCAGAGUCAAGAAGCUUAUGAUAGAGCUGUGAAUGGCUUGUUUUCUACAUUGGACAAGUUGGAGAUUCACUUGGGGAAUUCUCGCUACUUGUGUGGAGAGACACUGACCCUUGUAGAUGUGUGCCUGUUCACUACUUUGAUUCGGUUUGAUCUUGCUUAUAAUGUUCUUUUCAGAUGUACCAAGAAGAAGUUGUGUGAGUACACCAAUCUGCAUGCUUACAUGCGUGACAUUUAUCAGAUUCCUAAUGUUGCAGCUACUUGUAAUUUUGAAGAAAUCAUGGAUGGUUACUACAAAACCCUUUUUCCUCUCAAUCCAGGGGGCAUUAGACCAAUCAUGCCUUCUACUUCAGAGCAUGAAAUCCUUUGCAGGCCUCAUGGCAGGGAAUCACUAUCAUCAGCUACUGUUUCUGUCAAAUAGUUAACAAACUCCAAGCACAUAACAAAUAUUGAUCUGUCACUCAUUGCUUCUGUUUAUAACGCAUUUCUAGCAGUAGCAGCACACUGUUCUUUUGGCGAUCAAGUGUAUAGCAUAAUAAUAUUGCUUGAUACUAUCAGCACUCAGUAUUCUUAUCCAUUUCCUCAACUCAUUAUCGCCAAUAUUUUCACCUCAA